GCUUUGUGUCCGAGUCAGACGCUUCCAGCCUGAUCAUGAACACGCCGGUUACCGUGGCUUGUGUACAGCUGUGUCCAAACCCAGUGCGAACAGGUAUUUAAGUAAAGAGAACCCACUGGAGCAUGUUCGGGCAGAUAUGUUGUGAAAGUUUAAACUGGGCGUUUUGUUGUCACUUAGUGACAGCGCUUUGGGCUUUUCGAAAGCUGGUGAAAGCUUUAAACCCGGAGCUGAGCUUGAUUGUUUAUCUUCCGGUCACACAGUGACCCGAUCGAGAAUAUUAUGUGCUCAUUACACAGCGAGCUUGGAGCUGUGUAAUGAGCACAUAAUAACAGCACAGCUGUUUGUUUGGUGUUUGUUUUUCUUGACGUGGAAGCAGGGAAGGAUGUUGCUUUAGUGAUCCAGCGACUGAAGGUUCCUGUUGGCGACUGAAGGUUCCUGUUGGCGACUGAAGGUUCCUGUUGGCGACUGAAGGUUCCUGUUGGCGACUGAAGGUUCCUGUUGGCGACUGAAGGUUCCUGUUGGCGACUGAAGGUUCCUGUUGGCGACUGAAGGGUGAGGGACCUGGUGACUGAAGGUUCCUAUUAGCUACUGAAGGGUGAGGGACCCAGUAUCAGAAGGUCACUGUUAGCUACUGAAGGGUGAGGAACCCGGUGACUGAAGGUUCCUGUUAGCGACAGAAGGGUGAGGGACCCGGCGACUGAAGGUUCCUGUUGGCGACUGAAGGUUCCUGUUGGCGACUGAAGGUUCCUGUUGGCGACUGAAGGUUCCUGUUGGCGACUGAAGGUUCCUGUUGGCGACUGAAGGUUCCUGUUAGCGACAGAAGGUCACUGUUAGCGACUGAAGGGUGAGGGACCCAGUAUCUGAAGGUCACUGUUAGCUACUGAAGGGUGAGGGACCCGGCGACUGAAGGUUCCUGUUGGCGACUGAAGGUUCCUGUUGGCGACUGAAGGGUGAGGGACCUGGCGACUGAAGGUUCCUGUUAGCGACAGAAGGUUCCUGUUAGCUACUGAAGGGUGAGGGACCUGGCGACUGAAGGUUCCUGUUGGCGACUGAAGGUUCCUGUUGGCGACUGAAGGGUGAGGGACCUGGUGACUGAAGGUUCCUGUUAGCUACUGAAGGUCACUGUUAGCUACUGAAGUGUGAGGGACCCAGCGACUGAAGGUUCCUGUUAGCUACUGAAGGGUGAGGGACCCGGCGACUGAAGGUCACUGUUAGCUACUGAAGGGUGAGGGACCCGGCGACUGAAGGUUCCUGUUAGCGACUGAAGGGUGAGGGACCUGGCGACUGAAGGUCACUGUUAGCUACUGAAGGGUGAGGGACCCGGCGACUUAAGGUUCCUGUUGGCGACUGAAGGGUGAGGGACCCGGCGACUGAAGGUCACUGUUAGCUACUGAAGGGUGAGGGACCCGGCGACUGAAGGUUCCUGUUGGCGACUGAAGGGUGAGGGACCCGGCGACUGAAGGUCACUGUUAGCUACUGAAGGGUGAGGUUCCUGUUGGCGACUGAAGGUUCCUGUUGGCGACUGAAGGGUGAGGGACCUGGUGACUGAAGGUUCCUGUUAGCUACUGAAGGGUGAGGGACCCAGUAUCAGAAGGUCACUGUUAGCUACUGAAGGGUGAGGAACCUGGCGACUGAAGGUUCCUGUUGGCGACUGAAGGUUCCUGUUGGCGACUGAAGGUUCCUGUUGGCGACUGAAGGGUGAGGGACCCGGCGACUGAAGGUUCCUGUUGGCGACUGAAGGGUGAGGGACCCGGCGACUGAAGGUUCCUGUUAGCGACAGAAGGUUCCUGUUAGCGACAGAAGGGGGAGGGACCCAGCGACUGAAGGUUCCUGUUGGCGACUGAAGGUUCCUGUUGGCGACUGAAGGGUGAGGGACCUGGUGACUGAAGGUUCCUGUUAGCUACUGAAGGUCACUGUUAGCUACUGAAGUGUGAGGGACCCAGCGACUGAAGGUUCCUGUUCGCGACUGAAGGUCACUGUUAGCUACUGAAGGGUGAGGGACCCGGCGACUGAAGGUUCCUGUUAGCGACUGAAGGGUGAGGGACCCGGCAACUGAAGGUUCCUGUUAGCGACUGAAGGUCACUGUUAGCAACUGAAGGGUGAGGGACCCAGUAUCUGAAGGUCACUGUUAGCUACUGAAGGGUGAGGGACCUGGCGACUGAAGGUUCCUGUUGGCGACUGAAGGUUCCUGUUGGCGACUGAAGGUUGAGGGACCCAGUAUCUGAAGGUUCCUGUUAGCUACUGAAAGGUCUUCUAGCAUGAUGCCUCUUGGUGAAGGGCCCUUGAAGGGCAUAUCAACUCAACACCUCAGCAAGGGCAUCACGUUCUAUGUAAAUGAGAGCCCAGUGAAGCCUGUGGUCAGUGGCCAGACCAAGCCGCUGCUUUUGAUGCUGCCGUGGCUCGGCUCGAGACCUCAGGCUCAGCUCAAGUACUGCGAGAUCUACCUUAGAACAGGCUUCGACGUGCUGAUGGUGGAAAGCAACACGGGUCAUUUCCUGUGGCCUCGCUGGGGCCUGGAGUACAGCGCACAAGUGCUGCGGCUAUUAGAGAGCGAACGUUUCUCACAGCGCCCCAUAGUGGUUCAUGCCUUCUCUAUCGGAGGAUAUACAUUCGCUCAGCUCCUCAUGAACAUCACCAGAGACACCCGGCGCUACCGUGGCCUGAUCGAUAGAGUCAGGGGGCAGAUCUACGACAGCCUGGUUAUUGGCUCGCUGGAGCGCAUGGCUAUAGGUGUGAGUAAGAACUUGGUCCCUUACUUUGAGUCCCUGGUGAAGCACACCAGCCUCCUUUACUUCCGUGUGUUCAAACGGCAGACGGUGGACUACUUCAAUGCGUCCGUUGACGUGUUCAUGAACACACCUGUGACCUGUCCUGCGCUUUACUACUUCUGUGGUAAUGAUGUCUUGAGUGACCCAGAGGCCCUACAGAAUUUGCUGGAGCACUGGAGGAAGCGGGGCAUUUCUGUGACUAGUAAGAAGUGGGAGGAGUCUGAGCACGCCGGGCAUCUGCGCAUCCAUCCUCAGGAGUACCGAGCUGUCCUUGAGCAUUUCCUCUGUUCUCUCAACAUGGCACCUCUAAAAGCUAAAAUGUGAACUUUUUGAAAGAGAAACACAAGUUAUCAUGAGAACACACAAUAUGGCACUGGCUACUGUUUUCAUUUAAUCACAUCACUUUAGUGGGAAUGCCUUUUGCACUAUUUCACAUUUGUCCAAAACAAUUAGUUCAAUGUAAAGAAACGUUUUAUUACCGUGCCUGCGACAGAGUAAGCGGGGCGAGGUAUUGUAAUCAGUGCGGUUUGUUUGUGUGUCUGUCUGUUAACAAUCUAGAGUCUAGUCGGUUGCACUGAUUGACUUCAAAUUUUCAGGGUCGGUGGACAACGGGCUGUAGAUUAACUGAUCAAAUUUUCAGGGUAAUCGGGUCAAGGUGAAGUUCAAGGCCACCAGAAAGUCAACCUUUCAGUCAAAAUUACAUCUUCAUGGAUUAAAGCAAAAAAACAAAAAAUCAUCUGACUGAAAAAAAAAAAAGCUCCAUGUCAUUGGCCCCUACCACGUCAGCGAUGCGUCAAAUUUUAAACACCGUGUUGUCCAUUAUCCCCUCGGCCCCUACUUAUAGUACAUUUUAUAUAAUUUUAACAAUGACUAAAGCUAAGGCCAGACUUUACCAUUGUCAUUACUGGCUAUAAAUGAUGAAACAUCAAGUUUUCAGCGCAAAGUGCAAAUUUAUUUCAACAAUACUUUAGUAAUGCACAACAGUGGUUAAGAGAAAAGUGCAGUCGAACUUGAACCAUGCUUUCAAAAGAGUGGAACAGAAAGAAAAAUAAGAAAAUCUGUUGACAUAAAACCAGGAAACAAGAAAAGUAAAGUGAAAGUUCACUUUUUCUGCUUCUUCGCAGUGAAGCCAAAGGCAUCUAGUUUUUUGCCAUUGCUUCCAUAGACUUUUUUUUUAUGGCAAACUACACAAAAGCGCACACCUGCCAUUUUCAUCUUUUUGCACCAUGAACUAAAUGGCUUGCCAUUAUUGCCCAUUUUAUUUAGCCAAGCCCAUCUCCACUUAUUCUUUACCGUUUUGUUGAUGUCUGACACAUCUGUGCCUUCAUUUAAUAGAAGCGCGUCCAUGCUGGCAAAACCGAAAGUAAUUUGACGCGCUCUAUGGAAAUCGAAGGGCCUGUGUCAGGUGGCCUUAUACGCAGUACGCGAGUUGAGGGGGGAUGUGGGGGGAGGCAUCCCCCUUCUGAAAUAAAAAUCUCAAAUCAUCCCCUUUAUAAAACGGCCAUCCUCCCAUCACAUCCCUUGGGCCAUUUUACCGAUUAAUGUGGAACUUUAGCCUACUAUUAUUUUAACAAAUAUUACUACUAUUUCAACAUUAGAGGCUUUGCGCAGUGAUAGCCUACAUGUAGCCGGAUAAAAAAGACGCAUAUUUAUUUAUUCAGUUGCACCUCUCAUUCACACCUAUACGGAGGUUUCAGUCACUGAAAACAGCUACUUUCGCAAACUCUGGGCAGAGUGGAGAUUUCUGAAAACUCCAUCUUCAGACACGCGUGUAAAUCGGGAAAACGAAGCAACAGUGGGCGAGAGGGCGCGCGCGAAUAUAAUGAGUCAUAGGUGUGAAUCUUUCACCGAAUGCCAAUUGUCCCGGUUCUUCAUGAAAUCGCACGCACAAAUUCAUCAGGUUAACUUUCAAAUAACUGUUCUUGUGCACUUGUGACACCGGAGCCACUUUCCUGAAUUUUGAGCUUCGGAGUAUUCGCUUCUUUAUCUAUUUAAUCAAUGAAUUUAUUUGUCACAUACAUUAAAUUACUAAUGUAAACCAUUAGUAGCCUAUUUAAGCAAUAGCUGUUUUCUCCACUGUUUUCUGACCUUUUGUGUUUAGUGAAUGAGACACUUCAUUACACUCCACUGACCGACUUCCAAUUCUGGACAUUUUUGAAAAUGUAAAAUAAAGGCCUCCAAGAUGUU